AUGUUGCGCGUGGUGAGUCAAGUGCACGCUAACCGCAAUGUCUACGUCAGUGCCGAAGUGAUCAGAGGCAGAGAUUGCGUUGACACUGGAGAGACGAAGAACGAGCCCGUGUGUGCCUCGAAUGGCGUGCAAUAUUUGAAUGAAGAAGUGUUCAAGUACCACAAGUGCGUGAUCCAAGUGACGUGGGACAAGACUAUUGAGCUUGUUGACAUGAAAAUGUGUGCAGAAGCCCUGCAAGAAGACAGCGAGCAUCCAAACGUCUCGGGUGCUGACUAUUGA